GAUGCUCUGGGACCUGCCGGGAGCCAAGAAAGAAAAAGAUAGCAGGGCAGAAUUGCGGGUGGCAGGGCUGCGAUCCCUGGAGAGGCUUUACCUGGCCGGGGGCUUCUUUGAGCUGUGUCACCUGGACUCAGAGGCGGUUGCCCCUAGCUGCGCAGGUCCUUAGGACUCAGUUCUCUGAAGCUCACCAAAGGCAUCUAUCUGUCUUAGGACUGUAAGAAGUUAGCGGUAUACAGCAAGAUGCAGGACUCUCUGGAAGUCACGCUUCCCAGCAAACAAGAGGAGGAGGAGGAGGAGGAGGAUGAGGAGGAGGAGGAGGAGAAAGACCAGCCUGCCGAGAUGGAGUACCUUAACUCUCGCUGUGUCCUUUUCACUUAUUUCCAGGGAGACAUUGGGUCAGUAGUGGAUGAACACUUCUCAAGAGCUUUGGGCCAAGCCAGCACCUUGCAUCCAGAAUCUGCCAUUUCAAAAAGCAAGAUGGGGCUAACCCCCCUAUGGCGAGACAGCUCAGCUCUCUCAAGCCAGCGGAGUAAUUUCCCAGCUUCCUUUUGGACCAGCUCUUACCAGCCCCCUCCAGCGCCCUGUUUGGGGGGUGUUCAUCCUGACUUCCAAGUUACUGCACCCCAUGGCACCUUUGCAACAGCAGAUCCCAAUUCUUGGCCAGGACACGGUCUGCAUCAGACUGGCCCUGCCCCACCCCCUACUGCGUCCGAGUCCUGGCACUAUCCUCUGGCAUCUCAGGUGAGCCCGUCCUACAGCCACAUGCAUGACGUGUACAUGCGGCAUCACCACCCUCACGCCCACAUGCACCACCGCCACCAUCACCACCACCACCACCCAACUGCUGGUUCUGCCCUGGAUCCCGCAUACGGGCCCCUGCUAAUGCCAUCAGUGCGUACUGCCAGGAUUCCUGCUCCCCAGUGUGACAUCACAAAGACAGAUCCGACUACCGUCACCACUGCUACCUCAGCAUGGGCCGGCGCCUUUCAUGGGACAGUGGACAUCAUGCCAAGCGUGGGCUUUGAUACAGGUCUUCAGCAUCAGGACAAGAGCAAAGAAUCAGCUUGGUACUGAAGCAUGGUAUUGGCAGGUCAUAUUGGAGCCUGAAUCCAAGGGCCCACUGGGAAAGAUGCCAUUGUGAUUUCUUAUCCAGCAAUGGGACACAGGAAGCUUGGAUGGAGAAGAGGACAUGUAAGACCACUAUCUUUGGAUUUGAACCUUUUCUGGAGAAAACAGAGUGGGUCCUAGUCAUUGAAGAAAAGCAUUUUGUCUGUUUUCCCUCAUCUGAGCCUUUGUCAGCUGUGCAACGUCUUGUUUUCUUUGCCUUUUACCAGGACUUCGGUUAGUUUUUGUUUGUUUCUUCUUCCUUUCUUCUUGAACCAGCCGCCUUGUCAGGAGAAGAUGAGCCAACAACUGAAAAUGCUCAUUUCUUCAGGAAAACCAUUUUGUAGCUCUCUCUUCAUCUAUUUUUGUAGAAAUACAGAAACUUUGGUUUAGCACGAAGGGGAUAUUUUUGAGGGAUGUAAUUUUUUUUAAUGUUGUAACAAUUGUUAAGUUCUGUUUAAAGAACUUGCUCUCAGAAAAGCACUGGCCACAAUGUGUUGAAGUGCAGAUCUUAAAAGUAUUGGGUGAUGCGCUGUGUCUGUGCUUCUGAGGGUACCUCAAGGGGUUUAGCCUUUUCUGUAAGUGGCCCUACCAUAGGCAAACAGGUGCAGCAUUGCAUUUAUAGCGAAUCUCAGUGAAGAUUUAAUUCCGUGAUAGCUCCCUUAGUUUGCAGUUGUAUAUGUGUGGCUUGAAGAGACACUUUCUAUUAAAGGGCCGAUUAAUAGGGUAUUUUAUUACUUUGAUUUCUCCCGAAGAGUUCUCGGAGGUUGACUAAUGAGAAAGUUUAGGUAAUGAACAAAACAUCAUUCUUUAUAUGGUCCAUCUGAUCUUAACAAUUGGGAAUAGAGCUUAUGCACAGCUUCAACUUCAGCUCCAGGAAAAACAAUGCUUCAGCCAUGAUACCUGUGGAUACAUACCAGUGACCAAUUUGCCUAGUUUCUAACCAUUCGUUCAUGGCAGUUUUGAAAGCCAUACUUUUGAAUGAAUUUAUCUCUUGGCGUGAAUUCAAAUGAAUAGUUUCAGAAGAGGAAGCAGACACAUGGCAAAGUGCUGACUGUCCCUCACCAUUGUAAACUGACAAGUGAUAUUUUCUUUAUGUAGUGUUUUAAAUGGAAUGUUUUGCAAGAUUUUAAAUUUCUUUUAAGUGUAAUUAGUUUCUCAAAAAUUACAGAGAAUUAGCAGUGACGAUGGAUUUAAGCUUAUACUUCAAUUGCAGAAACUGAACUAAAAAUUGAAAGCUUGAGAAGUGAAGCUCCCAUGGGCCAUGGAAAAAGGAAAGUGAAGUUGGGAUUAACUUUAACUGAAGAUUAGGCAAAGGUUGGGAUUAGGAAGGUAGUGGUGACUGUCAAAUCAAAGAUGAGGUCUAUUUGCAGUUGCUCCCAGUCAUAGGAAGUGAGUUUAAUACAGAUGCUUUUAUUUGAUAAUGUUUCUCAAAUUUUCUCAUCUCUCUUAAUCACACUAAACAGAAUGUUGGGAAACGUGCUACUUUCUGUUUUUAAUUGUGUAUGUCAUGGUGUGAAUAUUUCACACAUUAACAACACAAUAAGUGGUUCAGCAAAAUUCUCACACCUCAUCCCUUAACAUUUUGCUUGGCUGUAUCAUAUACACGAGUUUCUCCUCCUGCUGUGCAUGUGUGGUAAACCCAUGCCAUUGCUUGUAUCCAUAGACUAUAUCAUUUCUUCUUCUUGAUUUCCUUAAACACUAUCUUCACAGUUUUCCCAAUAUAGUCUACACUUGUGGUAGCUUCCACUUGCUGGUAUACAAACUUAAAUGUCCAGACAGAGGCCUCACUAAAUUCUGUGCAUUUUUAAUCUGGACUUCGAUGGCAAAACUUGUUUUAUUUGUUAUUUGCACAAAUAUGUGGAACACAGAGUAGAAUGAAUCUGUCAAAUUCAUUUUAGCUUGAGUUUUCCUGAGCUUUGUAAAACAAGCUCUGGGCGGCUGCUGUCAGGGAAACUCACUGGCUGUUAUCUCAUCUUGGAACAAACUGUCUUAGGUUGCAAUUUUUUAGAAUGGCGCCACACUUGAGCUUGAUGAGCUGCUUUCAUUGUAUUUUCCCAGCUAAUGUGAGGCAAAGAGGGCCAACUCUUUGCUUUGUUCUUUCUUUACCAUCAAGUUGGAUUGAAAGAGAAAACAGAUUAGUUCAGUGAUUUGCUUUUAUCUUCUCAUAACUAUGGGCAAAGCAUAAUUUGUCUCAAGGUCUGAGGAACCUGAAAAAUCUGAAUUCUAUUGCAUGGAACAAGGAUAUUUGCUCUCCCUUAGAGAAAAUGUCUGGGUAUCAAUGGCAGAGUGUCGCCAAAGGAAUACAUCAAAACCUAGUAAAAAGAGAGGGAACAUGGCUAGUUGUCCAUCAUUGUUCCAUGUUCUGCCAACACUUUAACAAACAGAAAUAAUAAAGGGACUUAAACAUGGCACAAUAAAUAAUCUGAGUUUAUUUGCAUGUAAAGUGCUCUCACAUCUGGGCCUGGAUUCCCCACCUCACAGUCUGGCUGCCUAAUUGGAGGCUGGGUACCACCUGCCUCUCUGACUUCAUUGGACCCACUCUACCUUGGACUGUUUUCCAACUUCGGUUUCUUUCAAUGUAUUUGAAAACCUGACACUGGAAAACUUUAUUGUUCUAUACAUAAUCUAUUAUUCCACCAAUGGACUAGCUAAACUAAGAAACAGCAUAAUGUUGGCUAUCAGGGUCCGCACAGAUAAUCUUUCCUUGUGAAUUUGUAAAGAGAUUUUAAAGUUUAGAGUCAACACAUUUUUAUAAUCCAGGAAAGUUAGCUAUUAUUUUAAUAUUUUCUUUUUCUCUCUUCCAUUUCUUUUUAAGAUUUGCAUUACGCUAACUCCCCCAAAUAGUAAUAUUGCCCCAAACUGUAUAAAUUAAGAAUUAGUGGAUUGCAAAAAUAUUGAAGAAUACAUUUCCCAAUUUUGUAGGAUUAAAAAAUUGUUCUAGAGGAUGCCUAUAUGAGCUCAUUUAUUUGACAAAUAGUAUUUGUCCAUUUCUAAACUUGCAGAAUAUGGGAAAGGAAGUAGCUUUAAGCUUACUAUGUGACUGAAGUUAGUAGCUGUAAUUUCAAAUGCCAGAGACUAUUCCUAUAAAUUGCAUUCUGUCUCUUAUGAAAAGCAUCCUGAAUGAAAUAGUAUUUGCUGAGUUACCCAGUGGGAGUGGCAGUAAGUGAUGGGCAAGGCAAAGGCACAUGUUAUCGUUUUAACUGAGAAGAAAGUAAGGGGGCAGGAUGAGUCAGUGUAAACUUGGUUCUUCAGACUUAGCCAUGGCUUAUUGUGUGAUUUGGAACUUUAUUUACUUACCUCAUGAUAAAAAAUGGACUAACACUACCUAAUAAGGAAGGCUGUGAAAAUUUGAAAAUAUAUACAGAUGUACCCUACCUACAGUAUAGACAUUCAAAUAACUGACAGCCUCCACAAAUGACCAUUCAAUAAGUUGGUUAUUAAGUUGAGCUCUUAAAUACACUUUUUUCUUCACGUUGCAUAUUCAUUUUUUUUAAGAGACCAAUCAACCAUCGGCUGCCUUUCUUGUUAGGAGUCUUGGCAAAGAAUCUUUUUUCUCUUCUUAGUUACAGGAGAAGAAAAUGUUAACUUUUUAAUUAAGUCUGAUUUUUUAAAUGUGGUGUUUCUGAAGGAAAGUUAAUUAAACAUUUAGUGGUAUGUAGACUGAGUCAUAUUCAUUGACAACUCUAUACAUUGCUGUCUCCGAAAUUAAUAGGGCAGUGUCACCCAGCCACCUAACUUUGUGUUUGUUAGAUGUGCAUUGUGUUUCCGUGGCAUGAGGACUAAGACUGUUCCUUUUCAAUUACCACCCCCCUUUGUUUCUACUUGCCUUGGAGGAAAAGUUGCACAAUAUGUUGGAGAAAAAUGUUUGCAUGGAAAGGGAGGGAGAAGCACUCCCUUUACCAUUGCAGUCAGCCGAUUUACUCUAUUAUAGAAAAAAAACUGAAAUAACUUUAUUGGAAGCAGAUGUUGACACUGUGUCAGUUAUUGAAGAUGGAAAGAGUUCACUCAGUCGCUGCAGUUACAAAGGGGUAUUGAUGGCAGCCUGGGAUAGAUCACCUUCCCGGCUGUGGGAAGACAGCAGAAGCUGCAUGGAACCACAAAUGAAGUCAGCCUGUGACUUCAAGGUGCAAGAGACACCAAGGACUAAGCUUGUUUGGUGUCUUCCUUUUUUUUUUUUUUUUUUUUAAACCCUUCCAUGCAGAAUGCAUAAUGGACAUCUUUCAGAUAAUACUAAGGCUCCAUAGACGAAUUACAACCAAAUCUCCUUAGAAAUCUAUGGUUUGUGGAAUCCUUUAAAUCCACCAUUAUCAGGUGAAAACUUUGAUUAAAAUGAUUCAGAAAGUAUAGACCAACAUUUGUGUCCCAAACCAGCGGAACACACAUAUACAAACUAUGAAAGGAAGAUGGCUUUGGUGUUUCGGGAAUGAAUGGAGCCAGAAUGGGAACCUCAGUUUCAAUAGCUUCACAAUACUAAUUGCCAUGUGGUCAUGUGGUCAUGGAACUAGGUUGCAGAUCAGAUUGUAGAAUAUUGCAUAGCAUUGUUACUCUUAGUGCUUUCUGGGAAUUUUUAAACUAUAAAAUUAGUCGUAGUUAAAUGUCUUAACUUUAAAAUUUUUGUUAUGAGCUUUUAUUUUCUUGAAACAUUUUGUGAUGUGAAAUGAUUAAUCAAGGAAAUAUUCUUGAAGUUUUGACCAGUUUAUAUUUGAUCCAAUGACAUUUUCUAAAUCUGCCUUUAAAAACGUAGGGAAUUCUAAUAGAUUUAAAUGUAAUUUGCCAAUUCUAUUAUGCCGUGUAAGUCAAAAGUGACUCCCCCUCUUCUAGAAAGGGACACGCCAUCACCAAAAAGUUUCUUAGUUUCUUUUUGAAUGCUUUCUGACUACUAAAUUGUAGCCUAAGAUUAAUUCCUUUUGAAUAUAAAACUCUUAAUGAAGUUUUCUUCCUUUCUGCCUAAGAUGUGAACUUUUCUCUUUAUACAAAUAGAAGUAAACCUUUUUGUUUUGUUUUGUUUUGUUUUGUGCUGUGGCUAGAGCCAAAGGUAAUGAUUUUUACACACUUGGUUUAAUGUGUUGGAAAUGUAUACUUGUGAACAUCUUAUCUGAUUUACAAACACUACUCCAUAUAAGUAUUUUUAAAGAUGUAAAAUGUAGGGAAACCUUCAUGUGAGUUCUUUGUAUCAUUUUAAAAUGCAUAUAUUUAAAAGGAAACAUGGAUUCCUUUUGUUUUCAUUGUGUACAUCCUUGUAAGGUGAAGUGGUUUUGUAAAGAGAAAGAUACACAAUAGGAUAAACUUUAUAUUUAUCAGGUAAACCGAAAACUAAUAAUAGAACUCAUAUAUAUCUACUAGCAUUGACAUACAGUGAGAUUCCAGGUUUGUCAGUUCUGAAAGAAAUCAUGCCACCUUGAUCUCACAUGAAAGGGAAGUCAAGCAAUCUCAGCUAUACUGUCAUUGUUAACUAAUGAAUAAUGUAUAAUUCUUAAAUUUUUUGACUUUAUUAUUAUAAAAUCAUAUGAAUUUUGUUGUUAUUCUUCAAAUGCAGGACUCCUAUCUGUGUCACUGAUAUAAAAUCAUGGAAUACUUUGUAAGAAAAACAGAUGCCAUUUUCUUUAAUUUGCUCAAUAAAUAAUUUAAUGUGACUUUAA